CAAAAUAUUUUUUGCUGAUCUAAACAAAAACGAUGAAAUCAGUCGAAAUCAAAACCCUUCCACUGUUUCGUCCUCUCAGAUCUUCGCUUCCCUGCACAAAUCUUCGUCUCUCCCUUCGAUUCUCACUCUUUAAUCGCCGAUCCACCACCGGAGCCACCUACAUUCGCCGCGGGAAAGCGACGACGACGGAGGAGGAGAGACACAAACGCGCCACCGUGAGAAAGACAGUGACGGCGACUAUUGUGUUGGAUCCAUUCAUUUUAGGAACAUUCGUAGCUUCUCUAUUCGCGUUUGCAUUUCUCUACGUUUUGCGUCAGAGUAGUAGUAGUAAGAAGAAUCGUAGAGUCCUCGUUUCCCCUAACGACGCCGUAUCGAGGAAGGAUGACUCCGGCUCUGGCACCGAUGUGAUCAUCGUCGGAGCAGGUGUUGCUGGUGCUGCUCUUGCUCAUACUCUCGCCAAGGAAGGACGAAGAGUUCAUGUCAUUGAAAGAGACUUGUCUGAACAAGACAGAAUCGUCGGUGAAUUGCUUCAACCUGGUGGUUACUUGAAGUUAAUCGAACUUGGACUUGAGGAUUGUGUGAAGAACAUUGAUGCUCAACGACUUGUUGGUUAUGCUCUCUUCAAAGAUGGGAAGCAUACUAAACUUUCUUACCCCUUGGAAACGUUUGAUUCGGAUGUAGCAGGGAGAGGUUUCCACAAUGGGAGAUUUGUGCAGAGAAUUCGAGAAAAAGCUGCUUCUCUUCCAAAUGUACGUUUGGAACAAGGAAUAGUCACGUCGUUGCUUGUAGAAAACGGGACGACAAUCAAAGGUGUUCAAUACAGAACAAAGAAGGGAGAUGAGCUUAGAUCAUAUGCUCCUCUCACAAUUGUAUGUGAUGGUUGUUUCUCCAAAUUGCGUCGCUCUCUUUGCAAACCUAAGGUGGAUGUGCCAUCUGUUUUUGUGGGUCUUGUCUUGGAGAAUUGUGAACUUCCAUUUGAAAAUCAUGGCCAUGUUGUUCUAGGUGACCCAUCACUUAUUUUAAUGUAUCCCAUAAGCAGCUCAGAAGUCCGCUGCUUAGUCGAUGUACCGGGUCAAAAACUUCCUCCUAUUGCAAAUGGUAAAAUGGCUAAGUAUCUGAAAACAUAUGUUGCACCUCAGGUACCAACCGAGGUCCGUGAAGCAUUCAUCGCCGCGGUUGAGAAAGGUAAUAUCAGAACUAUGCCAAACCGUAGCAUGCCAGCUGAUCCGGUUCAUACUCCUGGAGCUCUUCUUUUGGGUGAUGCUUUCAACAUGAGACAUCCUUUAACCGGUGGUGGGAUGACUGUUGCAUUGGCAGAUAUUGUUGUACUCCGUGAUCUUCUGAGGCCAAUUCGUAACCUUAAUGACAAAGAAGCAGUGUCUAAGUAUAUGGAAUCCUUUUACACACUGCGCAAACCUGUAGCGUCCACCAUUAAUACAUUGGCGGAGGCGUUGUACAAGGUCUUUUUAGCAUCUUCAAAUGAAGCAAAAACAGAAUUGCGUGAAGCUUGUUUCGACUAUCUUACUCUUGGAGGUGUUUGCUCAUCUGGUCCAGUUGCAUUGCUCUCUGGUUUAAACCCUAGUCCACUGAGUCUAGUUCUUCACUUUUUUGCUGUGGCGAUAUAUGCUGUUGGUCGCCUAAUGCUACCAUGUCCUACGAUUAAAAGCGUUCGGCUUGGAGCUAGGAUCAUCUUGAGUGCUUCAGGCAUCAUCAUUCCCAUAAUUAAAUCAGAGGGAGUUAGGCAAGUGUUCUUCCCUCGUACUAUCGCUGCCAUAUACCGCACUCCUCCUCAAUGACGCACCAGGGAGCUACAUACAUUGAAAAGAUAAAAGCUAUUUAGGUGAACAUUAUAACUGCUAAUCGUAUAUCUAGUUGGCUGAAUGAUAAUCUUGUGAGUAUUUAGGCAAAGAGAGCUAUUGAAAUAAGUGUAAUCUAGCUUCUUACUUAGGUAUAUAUGAUUGAGAGAAAUGAGGAGUCUUGUAACUGCAUCAAUGGGAAACACCAAAGUAAAAUCCGAAUCUGCUGGACAUUUUGUAUAUCAUAGCUUCUUAGGUAUAUAGUUCUUGUGUUGUAAAUGGGGAUUGAGGAUUCAUGAAUCACAAUGUACAUCAAUCAUAGUAAUUACCACAUUGACUAUGAAGAUUCAUGAACAUC